AGCGGAUCGAAUACAUAGCUCAAUCAUUGUCACAUCGUCUCAGUCAGCGCAGCGUAGACGGAGCUCGAGAUAAUCCAACUCAAAUACAUAUCUCCGAUACAAGCUUGAGCCCAAAGGAGUCUCCUUUUUAGGGUCCGUGGUUCCCCGUACUUCAGGCCCCUCGAGCGAUCGUCAUCAACAACCAAUACGACAAUCAACGCAGCCACUGCUUGGUUUUUCACCCCAAAACACUAGGUAAUUAUUGAGUCCGAGGAAUUAAGUCCGAGGAAUUAAGUCCGAGGAAUUGCCAACGACCGCGCUGCCACUACUUCAAAACCUGGAACCGCGCCAUGGCUUCGCCUGCAGAACAGACCCUGCUGGUAACCGGCGCGAACGGCUUCGUCGCCAGCCACAUCCUCAAGCUGGCCCUGGAGAAGGGCUAUCACGUCCGCGGCACCGUGCGGUCCGAGUCGUCAGCAGCUAGCGUCCGCGCCAAGUUUCCCGAGCACAGCGACAAACUCUCCCUGGCGGUCGGCCCGGACCUGACGAAGCCGGAGCUGUACGCGCCCGCAUUUGCCGGCACGGCCAAGCCCAUCACCGGCGUCCUCCACGUCGCCGCGAACUUCACCCUCAAGGUCGACGACAACCGCCGCGACCUCCUCGACCCAGCCAUCGGCGGCGCACGGGGCAUCCUCGAGGCCACCGCCCGCUACGGGCGCGACGUGCGGCGCGUGGUGCUGACCUCCUCCUUCGCCGCCAACAUCGACCUGUCCAAGGGCGCCCGGGCCGGGUACACCUACACGGAAGCAGACUGGAACCCGGUGACGUACGAACAGGCGGCCGCGCCGGGAGUCGACGGCGCCACGGCCUACUGCGCGUCCAAGGCGCUCGCCGAGAAGGCCAUGUGGGACUGGGCCGCCGAGCACAAGCCGCCGUUCGACCUCGUGUCCAUCAACCCGCCGUGGAUUUUUGGGCCGCACGUGGGCGGCCUCCGAGACUUGGCGCGGCUGAACGAGUCCACCGCCGCGCUGCAUGCGCUGAUCGGUGCCGCGGAGGUGCCGCCGCCGGAUUACGCGGGGUUCGCGGAUGUGCGGAACGUUGCGGAUGCGCACCUUGCCGCGUUCGAGAAGCCGGAGGCGGGCGGACAGCGGUUCAUCGUGGGGCUGCACUUUGAUUAUCAGAGUGUGGUGGACUCGGUGCGGCGGGAGGUGCCGGAGCUGAGGGAUCGGCUGCCGGUCGGCAAGCCGGGGAAGGUUCCGGAGAUGUACGAGCUGGACGGGAGCAAGGCGGAAAGGGUGCUGGGUAUCCGCUAUAUCCCGCUGGAGCGGUCAAUGAGGGAUUCGUUUGUCCAGUUUGUCGAAGCUGAGCAGGCACUUGCCGCGGCUUCUGCUUGAGCAUGGUUGUUGUUUAUUAAAGCCUUGUUGGAUAAACGUGCGAUUAUACCUAGUACUACAUGAUUGCAAUUAUUUUAUCUACGGCAGGCGGGGCAAGCAGGCUUGGGGGA